AUGCCGCCUCCGACUGCGGCUGCGGCCUCCGCGUCUCCGUUGCCGGCCUCCGCGUCUCCGCCGAUUGGAGGCGAGGACGUUGGGGCGCUGGUGAUCGACAUCGGCGCGCAUACGGUCCGCGUAGGGAAUGGCCAAGAGGAUUGUCCUCGCCAGUUUUUCCUGUCCGCUGCAGGCUUCGUACAGUCUCCAGAAGCUCGCCCACUGGCGGCCCACCCACACGCUUUCUGCCGAGACGUCGACGCAUGCUGCUGCUGUCUCUUCGCGGCUCGAGGCUCCUCGUCUCUCGGCGACGCGCAAAGCGCAUGCAUGCCUGCUGCGUCAACUGCGGCCGACGCAGCUAGGCAGCAGGGGGGAGGAGGGACUUCGGACAGAGCUUGUGCCUCGCGCAGCGUCUGUCUCUCCUGUUCGUGUGGCGGAUGCAGACUGCGCGACCAGAGAUCUGCCCUGCUCUUUCCUCUGAGUUUCUACGAACGGCGGUCGCGAUGCGAGGUUCGCAAAUGUCUCGCUGCCUGCACAGACGCGUCGUCUGCCUCUGCGUCCCCGAGGCUCCGUCUGGACCCAGAUGUAUUCAAAACGCUCGUCUACCGCACUGUUCAAGGCUCGUCGCCUCCCGAGGACCUUUCCCCUCGAGCGGCUUCUGCGAGAGCGCCUGCCAACUGCGGCUGCUGCUGCGCGUCGGCGGCCGUUCUGCGUCCUCCACCUGCGGCCUCGUCGUUCCCAGAACCGUUCACGACGCUCGCGGCUGGAGGCUUGGGAGUGGUGCUGCGCGAGCGACCGGUGCUGCUCUGCGAACCGACGGUCACGGACGUCGAGUUUCGAAAGACAACUGCAGAAAUCCUCUUCAAUGAGAUGCAAGUCCCAGCCGCUUUCUGGGCGAAGCAGGCGGUCCUGGCGGCCUUCGCGGUCGGCAAGUCCACGGCGCUCGUCGUGGACAUCGGCGCCUCUGGCCUGACCGUCGCUCCGGUCUACGAAGGCCAUUGUCUGCAGAGGAACACCCGGAAGUACCCUGUGGGUGGAGACUUCCUCGACGAACAGCUGGCGAGGUUCCUCGCGAAGGAAAGAGGCGGAGGCUGCAGCGAAGGCGCCGCGUCCCCUCCCGCAUGCUCCGGCGCGUUCGGAAACCUCUGUCUGCCGGCCUUCGCCACCCGGAAGCGGCGAGCCAGCGAGGACGCGGUAGCGGACGCGACGAACGAAUGCAGUCUGGACGCGCCUGCGCAGGAGCGCGCGAACCUUGGCGAGACAACGCCAGAGGAGGCGAAGGGAGGCCUGAGCGACGAGAGAAAGGCGCAAGCAGGAGAGCGAGAGCGAGCUGGAGAUGAAGAGCGAUUUGCCGAUGUAGCCGCCAGCUGGCUGGCCGCGAGCACACAGGAGACGGUGCGCGUAUUGAAGGAGACUGUCUGCCGCGUCCACGUGGACGAGGACGAGGAGGAGGAAGAAGGAGACGAAGAAGAAGAGAGUGGAGAAGGGGGGCGAAGCAAGCGCGGAAAGAAUGUGAAGAAGAAGGUUCCAGGGAAGCCCGGUCAGAAGAAAGGGAAGAAGGCAGGAAACGCGUCCAGUGGAGAGGAGCACUCGAGUGGAGACGAAAAGUCGAGGAAACUCGCCGCCACAAAGAAAAAACGAAAGUGCAGACACGGCCGCGGCGGUCCGGUGUACGAACUCCCCGAUGGCUCUCUACUCGACUGCGACUGUGUGAAAUUCGAAGUCGGAGAAAUUCUCUUCAGACCGAAAGCGGCCUUGACGGCGCUCGGUCUCUGGAACGCAGAACGCGGAGAAAACGGAGAACAGAGUCACACGACGGAGACCUUGGACGACGCUUACUGGGAAGAACGCCUCGGCGGAUUUCAAGGCAUCACCAAGGCUAUCGAGGCGUGCAUCGACUCCUGCGACGUUGACGUCCGCCGAGACCUGCUGGGAUCCGUCGUCGUCACGGGCGGCACUAGCCUGAUGCCAGGACUGGUCGAUCGAGUGUCGAACGAGCUGCACUCGCCUCUGUUGUUUCCCUACUCGAAUUCUCCGGUUCUGAGGGUGCGCGUCAUUUCCGCCAACACCAGCGUCGAGCGCGUCUUCGCCACCUGGCUGGGCGGAAGCAUUCUCGCCUCCUUGGGGACGUUCCAGCAGCUCUGGAUCAGCAAAAGAGAAUUCGAGCAACACGGCGUCGACAUCAUCAACCGCCGGUGUCGGUGA